AUGAGUAUGAAAGUUCAGCGAUCACCAAUUAAGCCACGCUCAGUUCAGAUCCGUACUGGUUCGCUCACGGAUCUGACCGGCUGCGAAUCCGCAGCACCAGACGUCAUGAUGAUGCGUAAAAGGAAGGAACCUGAUUCCAACCACGUUCAGAAGGGAGACUUCGACGAGUUCAAGAAGGAAAUUAUGUCCUUCUUACACGACCUUCGGAAAUCCAACGAUGAACUUCUGCAUAAUGUAAGGGCAGAAAUCUCCGAGAUGAAGUCAAAGGUAACAUCCGUAACUUCAAUUAUUAACAAUUUAUCACAGCAACAUAGCAAAUUCAAGCUAGAACUAGCGGAGUUGACCAAAUCCAUGGAUUUUCACACAAAGUCAUUUGAUGAUAUACGAGAACAGUCGAAGGUUCUAUCCAGGGACGUUGCGUAUCUUAAGAAUAUGGAUCAAGACAUUGAAGCAUGCAGACUUCGUUUGUCACAGAUAGAACGAGACCUUAAUAUCCAGCAACAAAGAGAGCGCUUGCAUAACUUAGAAAUAGUGGGAUUCAUGGAGAAUAAAAAUGAGAACCUUACUGAAUGCUUUUUAUCAAUGCGCAAAGCUUUGGAUGCUCCAGUUGUUAAGGAAGAUUUAAACAUUCACCGUGUACCUUCGAAAAUUUCCGACAAAAAGUAUCCUAAAAAUAUUAUCGUAAAAAUGAGGAAUCAAUUAACGAAAGAUUUUAUCAUAUCGGCAGUCCACAGAAAGAAAGGUCUUACAUCUGAUGACCUUAGUUUAACUACCUCCGAUCCUUGGCGUAUCUAUAUCAAUGAGCAUUUAACGCCAUUUUACAAGAUGCUGCAUAAGAAGACUCGGGAAACUGCUGCUGGUGCUAACUGCAUGUCUAGGUACGCAAUGGAAAAAUCUUCGUUCGAAAAAAUGACACAACGCCUGAAUUGA